AUGGCAGAGGCUAGCGCGCUGGAGGAGCUUCACACUGAACUUACGUGUCCAGUGUGUCUUGAUUUGUUUCGCGAGCCAGUCAUUCUCGAAUGUGGUCACCACUUCUGCCGCGUAUGUAUUAGUCAGUGCUGGGAGACCAAAACUGAGGAGAGUACUAAUUGCCCACAGUGCCGGAAGACCUGCACGCUCAAACUGAGGCCCAACUCCCUUCUGUGUAAUGUCGUUGAGAGUGUAAGACGCGCAAGGGCGAUGAACUCGAUACCCAAGGAGUCACCGCGAGCGCAAGAGCAACCUUCGCAAGAGAUGUUGUCCUGCGCGCAAGAUGUGGCGGCCGACGAAGUGAGUGACUUGUGCACAGAGCACGAAGAGCGGCUGAAACUAUUCUGUGAGGAUGAUCAGGUGGCAAUCUGUCUGGUUUGUGGAAUGUCUCGAGACCACAAGAAUCACAACCUUAUUCCCAUCAACGAAGCUUUCGAGAAUUAUAAGGAGAAGUUGUCUGUAUGUCUUCAGAAAGUUGAGCAACAAAGAGAGGAUGCCUCUGAGCAUCUAUCUCAGACCAAUGAAAGGAUCCUGCAUAUGAAGGAGGUAGCCAAUGAGCUGGAAGAGCAGAUCAGCACAGAAUUUCAGCAGCUUAGAGACUUCCUGUCACAGCAAGAAGAGGAAGUGAAGUCACGUUUGCGACGAGUGAAAGAAGAGAAGCUGAAGCGUUUGGAUGAAAUGCUCACUCAAACCACCUCCCAAAUCAGCCAGCUGGAGCUCCAUACCAAUCUCAUACAUGCAAAACUCCAGCAAGAGGAGAAUCCAGCAUUGCUGACGGGAAUUGCAGAUUUCAUAGAGAGUGCACAGUGUGUAUUUGAGCGGCCAGAGCAAGUUUGUGUGGAUUUGCCAGCGGGCGAGUUUGUCGGGCCACUGCAGUACCAUGUUUGGAGGAACAUGAGCUCAGUAAUAAAGCCAGGAGUGGAGGCAAUAACCCUGGACCCUUUGACGGCCUACCCUCGACUGUGUGUGUCUCCUUGUGGCCGCAGUGUGCAUGUGGGAGAGAUCAAACGUGGCCUGCCCAACAACCCCGAGCGUUUCACACUCUACAACAUUGUCCUGGGAACUCAGGCUUUCUCAGAGGGUCGUCACUACUGGGAGGUGCAGGUGGAAGGAAAAACAGCAUGGGGACUGGGUGUGGCCAGUGCAUCUGUCAAUCGUAAGGAGGAGUUAAGCCUGUGUCCGGAGGAGGGAUUUUGGACAAUGAUUCUGAGUGAUCAGGGCUAUGAGGCGUGUACCAGCACAGAGGAAAGGCCUCUUUCCCCGGCCCACCCCCCUUCUCGCAUAGGUGUAUACCUGGACUGUGGGCAGGGUCAGGUGUCAUUUUAUGAUGCUGGAGAUAUGACACACUUAUACACCUUCACUGAUGCACACUUCACUGAACCUGUCUACCCUUACUUCAACCCCUGGCCAAUCAUCAACGGCCGUAACCGUGAGCCCCUCACCAUACGCACACCCCAACUCUAA